AUGUCUCCAUAUCAAUUGGUGUAUAGAAAGGCUUAUCACCUACCAUUGGAGCUUGAACACAAAGCAUUAUGGGCUCUCAAGUUACUGAACUUCAAUAAUGAUUCUGCUGGUGAAAGAAGGCUUUUGCAACUGCAAGAAUUGGAAGAGUUCAGAUCCCAGGCCUACGAAAAUGCCAAAAUUUACAAGGAAAAGGCCAAGGAGAGACAUGAUCUCAAGCUAGCACCAAGAAGCUUUGAAGAAGGACAGAGAGUACUUCUCUACAACUCCAAGCUAAAGCUAUUUCCUGGGAAGCUGAAGUCAAGGUGGUCAGGACCUUUUCUGGUCACCAAGGUCUCACCCUAUGGACACAUAGAAAUCAUGGAAGAAAGCUCAAAGCGGACCUUUACUGUGAAUGGGCAAAGGCUCAAACACUACCUGGGCAAUAUGGGAGAAGUUUCCAAGAUGAAGUAUCAGCUCAACUAA